AGACUUACGGCUUGGUGGUGACGAAAAAGCUGCUCUGACGAGUCUUCUUGGAUGGGAAGGCAAACAUAGCCUUGGUGCCGGCAUGGCGAACCUGGCAGGCUUCGUUCGGCAUCAGUCGUUCUCCGUCCUGUACUCGGAGUAUGUACCACACCAAACGACUCCCGCAUCAUCGAGAUCACCUACACCCGAUUCUGCCCAGGUAUCAACGUCAUCCUUAUCUAUCACCACGUCUGCAAGAAUUAUCCUUUGUGGACGCCGGAGACGAUGGGUCACGUAUCGGUACUACUCGCGGGAUGGCGGCGUCGACGAGUGUUUGGGAGAGACAAUUACACGUAUGUGCUCGAAGGUGGACGGGGCGUGCGACGAGCCCGGAUGUUCGUUCAAGAAGGGCGAACAUGAGCUUCGAUAUACGCAUGGCGGCAUACGGAUACUGCUCAACAUUAGCAAAGCAUCGCGGUCCGAUCCUCAAUUAGAGGGCGAUGAAGAGCUUCCGGAGAUGUGGGAAAGUUGCGUCGUGUGCGGGAAGCAGUCGACGCGAGUACGCAUGCAAGAUGGCACAUAGUGAGUAUUAAUUUGAUUGCUCAGGGGAUUUUC